AUGCCUCUGUUAGACUCGACCAUAGAGACCACCAAAUCCGCCGCCGCGACAUUGUUCACCAACGCCACCAUCAUCACGGUAGACGCUGAGCGGACAAUCUGGCUCGACGGGGCCAUCUUGGUCAACGGCGAUCGCAUCGAAGCAAUCGGGAAAACAAACUCGCUCCUCGAAAACCCUCGGUCUCAAUCCCACUCCGAAUGCAAAAUUGUAGAUUGCCAGGGCAAGAUCAUCAUCCCGGGGCUGAUCAACACACACGCCCAUCUAGGCCAGUCUCUCCUUCGCGGCCUGGCGGAAGAUGUGCCUCUCCACACCUGGCUUUGCGACUCGAUCUGGCCCCUCGAGGCAAACUACGAGGGCGAAGAUGGCUACGUUGCAAGCCGACUGACGAUCGCCGAGAUGCUGAAGAGCGGCACCACGUGCUUCCUGGAGGCCCUGUUGACUCACAGCAGCGGGUUUGAGAACGCCGCUCGAGCAGUGGAUGAGAUGGGGAUUCGAGGUUGUCUGGGCAAGCUAGUCAAGGUGGAAGGCGAAUCGACGAAAUUUGGAAUGACUGACCCCCGAGACCGAGACAUUUCAGGCAUGUCCAUAACGGCUGCUCUCGCGGCCCACGAGAGAUUCCACGGGACCAGCAACGGCCGGCUCCAAGUUUGGAUGGCGGCGGGGACUCCUCGCGGGUCAGACGAGUCGUCUCACAAAGCCAUCGGCGACGCGUGUUCCGCGCACGGCAUCGGGCUCACCAUGCACUGCGCCGAGGCGCCCAAGGACCUGACCAUCUACCGCGAAAGCUACGGGUGCAGUCCGGUCGAGUUCUGCUCCCGGACCAACCUCGUCAGCCGCGACAAGAAGACCGUGCUCGCGCACAUGGUCAAUCUCGACCUGGACAGGGACCUGCCGUUGCUCAGGGCCGCCGGGACCACGGUCGCCCACAACGCCAGCAGCAACUGUAAGCUGGCCUCGGGCAUCGCCGCGGUGCCGGAGAUGCUCGACGCGGAGGUCAACGUCAGCCUGGGCACCGACGGCGCUCCCUGUGCCAACACGUACGACAUGAUCCAGGAGAUGAGGGUCGCGGCGCUCGUGCACAAGGGCUCCAGACGAGACGCGGCCGCCAUCACGGCGGAACAGGUCCUCGCAAUGGCGACGAUCAACGGUGCCAGAGCGCUGGGGCUCGAGAAGGACAUCGGGAGUCUGGAGGUGGGCAAGAAGGCGGACUUCGUCGUCGUCGACACGUCGGGUCUUCACUGCGCGCCGUUUGAUUCACGGCAGGUCCUGGAGGGCGGGGUCGACCCCGUCACCGUGAUCGUGUUCUCGUGCUCAGGCGCCGACGUCGACAAGGUCGUCGUUGACGGGGACCUCUUGGUGGACAGUGGGGACCUGGUGAAGUUCGACGAGCGGAAGAUCCGAGAAGAUGCACAGCGUGCAGUCAGGAGAAUACGGAACAAGACCGAUACUGUUCAGAACAGGCUCAAGAGAAAAUACUGUUGA